CACAAGUUUAAAAAAAUGUUUGUGGUCCCUCCCCUUCCGCUACGUAGCCAAGAUGGAGACUGUGAGGUGCAUGAACGUGAUCUUGAAGCAGACAUUGAGGGAGAUACAAGCGGGGAUGUAAGAAACCUGCUCAUGGCUCUUUUGCAGGGCAACAGAGAUGAGAGUUACGAGGUGGAUGAGGAUCUGGCUGAACAAGAUGCUACCGCUCUGUUUGAGGCCGGUGAGGGUUGUUUUGGCACAGAUGAGUCCACUUUCACCCACAUCCUGGCCACCAGAAAUUACCUGCAGCUCCAGGCCACCUUCAAGAUAUAUGAGCAGCUCUCUGGGACUGAAAUCCUAGAUGCCAUCGAGAAUGAGACUUCUGGGACGCUAAAAAAAUGCUACAUUGCUCUUGUGAGAGUUGCGAAGAACCCUCAGCUCUACUUUGCCCGACGUCUGAACAAAGCCAUGAAGGGAGCGGGCACCGACGAGGACACCCUCAUUCGCAUCAUUGUGUGUCGCUCCGAGUACGAUCUGGAGACCAUCAAGGACAUGUAUCUGGAGAAGUACGACGUGCCUCUGAAGGACGCCCUGAAGGACGAGUGCAGCGGCGACUUUAAACGCCUCCUCGUGGCCAUCUGCCACUAAACAUCGGAGGGUUUCAGCAGAGCGGACGUGGGCGAAAGAGGCACGGACAGCAGAGUAUGUUUAUACUGAGGGCGCUGCUGUUUUCUGUCUAACAAACUAAUACUACUCCGUGUAACAUUAUGUCGGGAGCAGGAGGGUGAUAAAAGAAUUAACCUGGCAUGUCUUGUCCAAGUUACUGUGAAUUUGAAUGCCUCUCCUUUUUAACUUAUUCCACAGACAUUAGUUACAAAAUCCCCGUUGAACUGGAUUUGCUCAUCUGUCUGUGAAACUACCGUUUCGGUCAAUUACUGCCCAUUUCUUAGUCGAUUUUAUGCGCCAGUUCUUAAAUUCUUUACCAGCAUUUAUACAGUGGUGAAGCAAGUUUUAGUCACUGUAAACAAGCACCAAGAUUUAUACAUUUCCAACGCUCACAGGAGCCAACUGAUGUCACACUGAUUCAUUUACACUGAGUGUGAUUUGAUCAGGUGGUUUGAGGCUCGAUAGGAUAAUCUCAUUGUAAACAUGAGACAUUUUCGUACACUGGGAAAGCUAUGGCCUCAGUAUGCCUUUCUGCUGCUGCAUUUACUGAUAUAUUGAGACAAUACAUGUUACAUCAUUAUCUUUAUAUACUGUUUAAUCAAAUAAUUCAUGUUUGAUUUUAUUUUUUCCAGGGCUAUCUUUCACCCUCCAUGCCCCCAAACACAGUGACUGUUGUACUUCACUGCUGUUAAAACUAAUGCAAUCACUCCAUAUGGCUUGAAGUUUGUGCUUAUAAGUGAAGAAAUGUGCAAGUUUGUGAUGAAUGAAAAUUAGUUUGUGUCAUGAAGGAAAUGCAAAGUUAUGUGAAAUGGCAUUUUAUACAUGUUCCUGAUUCGCUGAAGAGAAUAUAUAUUUGAUCAGCUGCUUAUUGAGAAGAAACUAUAUAUUGAUUUACAGUAUGUUGCAUUUUUCUUCUUCACUACAACUAGAAAAACGUGACAAAUCCAAAUACACCUCACCUUGUUAUACCUUUUUUUUUUUUUUGUAUUUCACGACUAACACAGUAGAGUGUUUAAUAGAUAACAUUAUUUAGUUUACUGUUUUAGGUAGGCCAGAGGGUAUAUGAGAAGAAACAUUUAACAUCUGGACAGUUUGAUGUCUCUAACAGUGUGUCUCCACAUGGCAGCUGAGAUUUGUUAAAAUUACCACUACUGUAAACAUUUUGCAACAAGCUGAGUAAAAACUCAACUGAACUGCAGUUACAUGAGAUAGUUACAACGUGAAGGACGUCUCUUGGGUUCGUGGGACAAGUGUUUGCCUCUCUAUAGCCAAAGAAUUUAUUCUAACUUCAAAUAAAGUUCCCUGUAACGUCA